AACUUAUUGACUCCUACUUUGAAUCCAAUUGAUUAUGCUCCAUUUAUAACCACAUCCAGCUUUCCUUGUUUCCCAUUAUCAAAUUCCCAUCCACAGAACUGGCAGAUCUGAAUAUCUAAUUUUCAUUACAACAUAUUUUCAGACAUGAAAAUUCUUUCCCAGGCAGGUACCUUCUUUUGCCAUUCCAAUAGAGCUUCAAGGAAGGAAAGCAGCAGGAAGGAGAAGAAGAGUGAAAGGUUUGGGGAGAAGAAGAAGAGGAUGAUUAUUGUUAGCAGUAUAAGGUGUAAGGCUCUUUUGAUGGCUAAAAUGAUAUCUUGGAGGAAGGUUGUAGCAGAGGAUGGUGAUGAUGGAGCUGUAUGGAAGAGAAAUAUUGUCAAAGGGCAAAAAUGUCAGCCGUGGGAUUUUUCAGGCCAGAUUUCAUACGAUUCCAACGGUGUUCGGGUUUUGGGUUCGCAUUAAGCCGCCCGGCCGACCGCCGGCCGGAAUGAUGUACGGUAGAUAAAUCCCCACUCUCUGGGUUGCAAGCAUUUUAAAUUGAAAAUAGGGAAGUCCUUAAAGUUUGUACGGUAUGUUUGUAUGGUGUUUUUGAAGUUAUAAGUUUUUCUUUAGAAGUUAAAUUACUUAAAUACGGUAAUUAAAAGUAUUGUAAAACAAAUACUUCAUCAUUAUUUUAAGGGGUGUCCUCAAGUAAGUUAUUCAUAAGAUUUUACAUGAUUGAGAUUUGAUGGAUUUAUAU